AUGCCCAAGGACAAUAUGGCAUUUCUUCCCAUCGUAUUCGCCACUGCGAUUUUCAACUUUGCUCUGACUUGCCCGCCGACGGCUCCUCCCACCGCUGCCCCAAGCCCCGCCGCAAACUCUAGCGGCAAGCGCUCAGUUGAUCACAUCGAGGUAACCGUGGUCAGCAAUCAGAAAUUUGAUCCCGCUAUGAAUGACUCACACAUGGAGGUUUUCAAAACCUUGUUGCAAGAUUACAUGAAAGGCAAAGGAGCAUACUAUGACAAAGACAUGAUGCAGCAGAAGAUAAUGAAUGUAGAUGGUAACUUUGCCGUUCUUUACAGUCUACUGGGUUACGACUGCGAUACGGUGAACAAUUUCUUGCACGAUGCCAAGAGCAGCGCUAACUUCAUCAAGGACAUCAAAGUCAAGUGUGGUGGAAGACCGGCAUUUAGUAUCGCUUGAUCAUUUUCGAGUCAAUAAAUCAAUCGCAUGCAAAAAA